AUGGCGUCGGUGCUUUCAUCCUUCUUUCAGAGGGAUCCGAAAUCACAGUUUCCCUAUGAUAUUCCCACCGAAGAACAACACCAUUUCGACCGGGUGUCUAUUGGAAACAGCUUUAAAAAAGCUGAACCCGGAGAACUUGCCACGAUAUUCUGGGACAAUCGUAGUUCGACACUGAAACAACAAGCACAGAAAUUGAAGACUAUGCGCCAUCCCAACAUCAUAACCUAUUUAGAUAGUAUUGAACUCGAAGGAACUUUCUACCUCGUUACUGAGAAAUGUAAACCUUUAGAAUUAUAUUUGAAAGAGGCGGGUUUGACAGAAAGCCAAAAAGAAUUCGUCGUUUCUUGGGGAAUGUUUCAAUUGAUGAAUGCAUUGAAAUUCAUGCACGAGGCGAAACUGAGUCAUGAGAAUAUAAGAAAAGGAGUUUUUGUCACUGCCGGUGGAGACUGGAAAAUCGGAGGAUUGCAUUUAGUGACAGGGUUCUCAACUCCUCAAACAGAUCUUAAUCAACUCGCAAUUAUUCUUUGGGAAGUUUUCAAUGGAUUUAAUGAGGCGAUUACAAGGCCACAAGCUCCUGGAAAAAUUCCACAACGAAUACAUGAACUGUACAAGAAAAUUGGAGCGGCAUCGGCGGCGAGGUUGACCGUGUCUGAUAUUAUUAAAGAAUAUCGAUUGACCGGAGGCUAUCUGAAAAAUAAAUUCGUCGACACUCUACUUUUCCUUGAAGAAUUCGAAUUAAAAGAAGCAAGCGAAAAGCAGUCGUUCUUCAUGCAUCUCCGUGAGAAUAUCGACAUUUUCCCAGAAGACGUAGCGAAGUAUAAAAUUCUGCCAAAACUGAUUCUAACCUACGAGUACGGAGAUGCUGGACCGAACAUUCUCAUUCCACUCUUCAAGUUGGGCCGCCUUCUUGAUGAAGCAGAGUAUCAGAGAACUAUUGUUCCAUGUUUAUGCAAAUUGUUCGGAAGUCCCGAUAGAACGACAAGAGUUAAACUUCUGGAACGAAUUGAUGAAUUCGCACCGCAUUUGACUCAACAAGUAGUGAAUGAUAAGAUUUUCGCAAAUUUGACAUCUGGAUUCUUGGACACCAACCCUGCCGUUCGUGAAAGCACUGUGAAAGCGAUGGUUUCUCUCGCCGAAAAACUGAAUUACAAUAACUUGAAUGUGGAAUUAAUGAAGUAUCUCGCACGAUUACAAGGAGGAGACGAACACGGAGGAAUUAGAACUAAUACAACUAUAUGCCUGGGAAAAAUAGGACAUUUAUUGGCACCUGCAAAACGUCAAGGAAUAUUAAUCAGUGCAUUCACGAGAGCACUCAAAGAUCCAUUCGCUCCAUCUCGAAUGGCUUCUGUCCUCGCUCUUUCAGCUACUCAGCACUUUUAUCCGAUUGUGGAGAUAGCGAAUAGAAUUGUUCCUUCUCUAAUUCCAUUAACCUGUGAUCCAGAGAAGCAAGUGAGAGAUCAAGCGUUCAAAGCGAUUCGUGGGUUCCUUGAAAAACUCGAAAAAGCAUCAGAAAAUCCGGCGUGUAUCCCUGAAUUAGAGGCUGGAGUAAAAGCAGGAGCCAGUUCAAUUCUUGAUCACGAAAAAGUACCACAAUGGGCCAGUUGGGCACUCAAAUCGCUCUCUGGAAAGUUUUACAAAGGGACACCACCACCAGAAGUGAAACCAGGAGCAGCUACUGGAGCACCGACAGCUUCUGCCACGUCAUCAAGACCAGUUACACCGAAUUCUCUCGCUGAAAAAGAGAAAACUCCAGCUGUCAGCAAACCGGCCGCCACAAAACCAGCAACAAAUGAUGGUUGGGGAGAUCUCAAUGACGGUGGAGACAUGUUCACAGUAAAAGAUUCGAAUGAUGCGAUUGUUGAUGAUUGGGCGGAUAUUAAUCCCAAAUCGAAUGAUACUGAUGAUUGGGGGAUUGGAUGGGAUACACCGAUCGCCACUGCCAAAUCGUCACCAAUUCCAGGAAUCAAGAAAUCGUCUUCUGGCAAUUUGGGUGUGAAAAAGCCAGCGAUCGGCCGAUUGAAUCUUCCAAGUUCCGCAUCUGCUCAGAAUAAGACUAAGAAAGCAAUCGAUGAUAAUAUUGAUGCACUUCUUGGAAUAUCAGCCCCUCCACCUGCUUCCUCUUCCGCUGUUAAACCGAACUCUUUGAAUUCUCUGAUGUCGAAUUCAUCUUCAUCUACUGCGAACACUGGAUGGGGAUUCGACGAUCCUAUCCCAGCUUCGACCAACACCUCAUCUGCAAACAAGGGAUGGGAUGAUGAUGGUUGGGGAGAUAACAGUAUGUCGAGUGGAGUGUUACAACCAACACCAGUCCUUCAACCGACUAAAGUAGUGAAAGAUGACAAAGAAGCGCGUCGGGCUGAAAUGCAAGCGAGAAACGAAGCUCGCCGCAAAGAACAAAUGGAGCGAAAGAAGUCUUCUGGUGCUAUGAAACUGGCUUCGGCUGAAAAGAAAAUGGAUGAUUUUGCCGAUUGGUAG